AUGUCUACAACGGCAACAAGAACAUUCGCCGUCUCUCCUUCCUCUCUCUCCUCCAAUACUGACACCACAGACAAGGACGGAUCCCUCCACCGCUACACCCAUCUCUCAACACCCUCAGAAAUCGCAUCCACUCACUUUGACCUCUCCCACAUCCCACCCUCCGAACACGCCCAGAUUCUACACGAUUUCAUCCUCGUCCCCGACUACCUUACCCCCGAAGAACACGACAUGAUGGUCAAAGGUGCCACCCUCAAACUGAAACGCGCUCUGGGAAAACAAGUCCGAUAUGAGGAUGGUCAUUUCGACGGGGUGAUCACUCGCUACCGGGAGUGCUCUGCUGGCGACUGGUCGAGCCCAUUUUCAGCCACCACUUCACCAUCUCCCGACCCCUUUUCCAACAAUGACAAGAAGGAGAGAACAACCCCCCGUGAAAUGAUGGACGCCAUAAAAUCCGACUUCUUCCCCUCAACCUGGACAUGGGUAUCACCCCACAUCCUAGAACUAGAAGCCGGUCAAGGUGGGAUCAAACCCCACGUCGACCACCUCGACGCCUCUGGCUCCGUCGUCGCAGGUCUCUGUCUAGGCUCCUCGGCGGUCAUGGAACUAAUCCAUCAGGACGACCCUCAGAAAUGGUUCCGUGUGCUCCUCCCGAAACGCAGUUUUUAUUUCCAGCGGGAUUCGGUGAGGUAUAGUUAUAAGCAUGGGAUCCCUAUUGAGCCGGAGGACCAUCAGUUCAGGGGGAAGGUUGUAUCAAAGGAGAAACGUAUUUCUGUCAUGCUGCGGAACGCAUUAGACCCCUCACUUCAUCCCGAUCGACCAAGCGCCAUGUAUUAA